AUGUCAAAAAAAGAAGAUAAAACAAAAUCAAGUAAGAAAAGAAAAUUAGAAGAUGACGCGGAGGAACUUGAGAUAGAUCUUAGUGCCGAAACUCCACUUUCCAAGAAACAAAAACGUUUAAUUAAAAAGGGAAAACUUGAAAAAAGACCAGAACCAAAAAUUAAAACUGUACAAGAAGAAGAAGAAGAAGCUAAAAAAGCCAAUGAAAAGUCAGAAAAGUCCAAAUUUGGAGUAUGGAUUGGUAAUUUAUCAUUUGAUACAACUAAAGAAGAUCUAAUUAGAUUUAUAAUUGGUAAAACAAAUUUAAAAGAAGAUAUAAUAACAAGAGUAAAUAUACCAAAAAAGGGAAAUCAAAUAAAAGGAUUUGCAUAUAUAGAUGUUCAAAAUGAAGAUCAAGUAAAUGAAAUUAUAGAAUUAAGUGAACAGCAUUUAAAUGGUAGAAAUUUAUUAAUUAAAAAUGUAACAUCGUUUGAAGGUAGACCAGAAAAAGAUGAACAAAAAUCAAACUCAAUAUCAUCAUUACCACCAAGUAAAAUAUUAUUUGUUGGAAAUCUAAGUUUCGAUACUUCUGAAGAUAAUUUAAAAGAACAUUUUCAACAUUGUGGAGAUAUUUCAAGAAUUAGAAUGGCAACUUUUCAAGAUACUGGUAAAUGUAAAGGUUUUGCAUUUAUUGAUUUUAAAAAUGAAAAAAGUUCAAUAAAUGCAAUGAAUUCAAAAGUAGCAAAAAUGUUACUUAAUAGAAAAUUAAGAUUAGAAUAUGGUGAAGAUAGAUCAAAAAGAAGGCCUAAAAGUCAUAUGAGAGAUGAAUCAUCAGAAUCAACAGAUUCAUCAAGAGAAGUAAGUCUGUACGGAGAAGACAAUACAUAUAACUCCAUAUCACAAAGUCAUAAUCAAAAUCAAGUUCCAAUACCGCAUCCACAACCUAAAAAGAUAUAUAGAGAAAGACAAGAAAAACCACAACAAAGACCAAAAUCAUCAGUUGCUUUAGCUUCAGCACAAAGAGCAAGUGCAGCAAUAGUUCCUUCAUCAGGUAAAAAAAUUACAUUUGAUUAA